GUUUUGAAAAAAACAAAUCUUCCUCCCUAUAUUUCACUUUCCCAAGAUUACACUCUUCGUUUCUCUCCAUUCUUCCUCUGGAUUUCUCCAAAUGGAUCACCUGAAGAAGCCCCAAACACGAAGAAGCUUGAAGCGGAAGUUGGAGCAAGAUCUUGAAGAAGGCAAAGCAGAUCGCUGCAAGGUACCGGUCGUCGAAUCUCGCCUUACUCACCAAGAUCUCCUUCACGAGGUUCGCCUUUACGUCGGUCUUCUCAACUCCACUCUCUCCUUUUCAAAAGCCGAUCGCGCCGCCGCCAAACGCGCCACUCACUUCCUCUCCGAACUCGCCAAGAACGAGGAUAUUGUGAAUUUGAUUGUGGAGUGCGACGCGGUCCCUGCACUGGUAAAGCAUCUUCAAACGCCACCACCGUUGAGAGAAGGCGACGCGAUGCCAUUAGAGCAUGAAGUGGAGAAAGGAAGUGCGUUUGCGCUUGGACUACUCGCCGUCAAGCCAGAGCAUCAACAACUCAUAGUUGACGCUGGGGCCCUGCCCUAUCUCCUGAAUCUACUAAAAAGGCAUAGGGAUGGUUGUAAUUCUCGAGCAGUCAAUGGAGUUAUAAGGAAAGCUGCUGAUGCUAUAACAAAUCUUGCUCAUGAAAAUGCCGGCAUUAAAACCCUCAUCAGGAUUGAGGGUGGAAUCCCACCGCUUGUUGAGUUGCUUGAGCAUCAUGAUGUAAAGGUGCAGAGGGCAGCUGCUGGGGCCUUAAGGACCCUAGCAUUUAAGAAUGAUGAGAAUAAAAAUCAGAUUGUUGAAUGCAAUGCUCUACCCACCCUCAUACUAAUGCUGUGCUCUGAGGAUGUUUCCAUUCAUUAUGAAGCGGUUGGCGUGAUUGGGAACCUUGUCCACUCCUCUCCAGGUAUAAAGAAACAAGUUCUUCUUGCUGGAGCACUGCAGCCUGUUAUUGGAUUACUAAGUUCUAGCUGUCUGGAGAGCCAAAGGGAAGCGGCUUUACUAAUAGGUCAAUUUGCUGCUGCUGAUUCUGAUUGCAAGGUACAUAUUGUCCAAAGAGGAGCUAUUCCUCCUUUAAUUGAAAUGCUUCAGUCUUCAGAUGUGCAACUCCAGGAAAUGUCUGCAUUUGCACUUGGACGUUUGGCCCAGGACACACACAAUCAAGCUGGAAUUGUGCAAAAUGGUGGAUUAGUGCCCUUGCUUAGGCUUCUUGAUUCAAAAAAUGGACCUCUGCAACAUAAUUCUGCAUUUGCUCUAUAUGGUCUUGCCGAUAAUGAGGAUAAUGUUGUAGAUCUUAUCAGGACUGGAGGUGCUCAGAAACUCCAGGAAGGGGAGUUUAUUGUCCAGCCGACUAAAGAUUGUGUGGCAAAGACAUUGAAGAGGUUGGAGGAGAAGAUUCACGGACGAGUACUGAAUCACCUAUUAUACCUGAUGCGUUUAGCAGACAAGGCUGUUCAAAGACGAGUUGCUCUGGCUCUUGCUCAUCUUUGUGUCCCUGAUGAUCGGCAAUAUAUUUUUGUUGACAAUAAUGGACUGGAGCUGUUACUGGGCCUUCUUGAGUCUACAAGUUUCAAACAACAGCAAGAUGGUUCAGCAGCCUUGUAUAAGUUGGCCACUAAGGGCAAUCCACUCUCAUCUGCAGAUGCAGCUCCACCAUCACCAACUCCACAGGUGUACUUGGGUGAGCAGUAUGUAAAUAAUCCUACAUUAUCUGAUAUUACUUUCUUGGUUGAAGGUAAACGAUUCUAUGCUCACAGAAUUUGUCUUCUUGCUUCUUCGGAUACAUUCCGUGCAAUGUUUGAUGGUGGUUACCGGGAGAGGGAUGCCAAAGAUGUGGAGAUUCCAAAUAUCAGAUGGCAUGUUUUUGAGUUGAUGAUGAGGUAUAUAUACACAGGAUCAGUGAAUGUGGAGAUUGAUAUUGCUCAAGAUCUUCUUAGAGCUGCUGAUCAGUAUCUUCUUGAUGGCCUUAAGCAUCUUUGCGAGUAUGCUAUAUCCCAGGAUAUUUCUGUGGAGAACGUUACGCUGAUGUAUGAAUUAGCAGAGGCCUUUAAUGCCAUGACACUGCGGGAAGCAUGCAUACUUUUCAUAUUAGAGCAAUUUGAAAGAUUGAGUACCAAGCCGUGGUAUUCUCGUUUGAUUCAACGCAUGGUUCCAGAUAUACGGAAUUACUUUAUUAAAGCACUUGCGAAGACUGUUCAAAUUGACGCAACACAACUAUAAAUGAUUCGGCCUUACUUUUGGACUAACAUUAGAGUUGGAACUUGGAACACCAUCUACACGUAUAAAUAGUUUAGGAGUUAGAAAUUACAGGUCGAUCUGAUGUAAAGAAAUUUUGCUGACACCCUUUGUGCAUUUUGUUCACUGUAACUAAUAACAUCUCUUUUAUUUGGAUUAAGUAAAAAAAAAAAGAGAAGAAAAACAUCAUUCCAACGCCA